GCUCUUCCCGUCUUGGUGUUUGAAGAAAUGGCUGCUUGCGAGAAUAUACCUAUGCGUCCUGGCGAGCCCACGCCAACGACCGUCUUCCUCACCAAAGGUCACCCUUCUGCGUCUGCACGCUCAGCAGCAGCUCGGCACCAGCGACAGCCCUGGACAAUGAGCCUGGUGGUGCUGCUGAUCGCCGCCGCCGCUGCUUCUGCUGCUUCUGCUGCUUCUGCUGCUGCUGGGGUUGCGUGUGCCAGCCCAGUGGGACCGUGCCAGGCACCCACCACGAUCGUCGGACACGGCCGCCGAGCUGCAGCGGCGACUGAGCCGUCGAUCGAUGGGCUUGUGCCGUGGGCGCGCAGCCCCGCGCUGUGGACUGGCGGCGCCGUGCUCGAGGUCGAGAGAAGCAAGCAGACGCUCGCGGUGGUGCUGCCCAGCGACGCCACCCUCGGCAAGGGCGACUUUGACCAGCCGCCGCCAGACCCGCUCAAGCAGACGCCAUUCACGGUCACGCUGGUCGUCUAUGGCGCGGGCCUCGCCGACGGGACGCUCAUGUGGCUGUCGGACAACGGCUUCAGCUGCCUGGAUCGCCUCAAUGUACGCGCAGUGUACAAUGCGACCGGAUCCGGAUUGUCGUCGUCGUCCGCCAUGUUUGACAUCAACCCGGCAAAUAUCGUUAUGGGCAGGCAGUACUAUCCGUGUGUCAACGAAAGCACCUCGGAGGCGCAGGGGCGUCCCUGGAUUUCGAUUGUGAUUGACAAGGCGGCUGUGCCAGAGUCGGACGAUGUGGGCAUCCCGAUGCCGCUGCGCAUCAUUAUUCUCAUCGUCUUGCUGCUCCUGUCUGGCCUGUUCAGCGGCCUCAACUUGGGCGUCAUGGCGCUCGACACGAACGCGCUUCAGAUUGUCAUGGAGAGUGGCACGCCAGACGAGCGCAGAGACGCACGCGUCAUUUACCCCGUCCGCAAGCGCGGUAACUUUUUGCUGUGCACCCUGCUGCUCGGCAAUGUGCUGGUGAACAACACGAUCGCCAUUCUGCUCGGCGACUUGACGACCGGCCUUGCGGCUGUUCUCGGUUCCACCGCGGCCAUUGUCGUUUUUGGCGAGAUUGUCCCGCAGUCUGCCUGCUCCCGCCACGGCCUCAAAGUCGGCGCCAAGACCAUCUGGAUUACCAGGCUGUUCAUGCUGCUCACCUUCCCAGCAUCCUACCCAAUCAGCAAAGCGCUCGAUUACUUCCUUGGCGAGGAAGUCGGCACCGUCUUCAAGCGCGAGGCGCUCAAGUCUCUGCUCCGUGUGACUGCCAAGGACACGGACUUGCACGCCAACGAAGUCGUCAUUCUGUCUGGCGCCCUCGAGUUUGGCUCCAAGACCGUUGCCCAGGUCAUGACGUCGCUCCAAGACGUCUUUAUGGUCAGCGUCGACAGCAUCCUCGACUACAAGACCAUGUCUGCCAUUGUCGACAACGGACAUUCACGCAUUCCCGUGUUCCAGGGCAAGCGGACCAACAUUGUGGGUCUGCUUUACUUUAAGGAUCUCGCUUUUGUUGAUCCUGACGAUAACAUUCCCCUCAAGACUGUGCUCGACUUUCAUGAUCACGAGCUUCACAUGGUCAUGGACGAUCAUCGUCUUGACCGCAUGCUUGAAGAAUUCAAGCGUGGGAAGAGUCAUAUCUGCAUUGUGAAAACGGUUCGCAACGAUGGCCCCGGUGACCCGUACUAUGAAAUUGUCGGCAUUGUCACCCUCGAAGAUGUCAUCGAAGAGCUCAUCCAGUCUGAGAUUAACGACGAAUACGACCAAAUCUCUGACAAUCGCACGCGUCAACGGUUGCCGCGCAAGAAACUCGAUUACUCGCAGUUUGUUCGUUCAGGCGAAAUCAAAACCAAGCUCGCGCCUCAGAUGGUCCUCGCUGCUUAUUCGUACUUGUCUUCAGCCAUGCCGUGCUUUAGCAUGGAUGUGUUAACCGAGUCCGUGCUAAAACGCUUGAUUGAAGCUGGCACUGUUCGCGAUGUAUCGGUUGCGAACGACGCGCCAGACAGCCUGGUUUUGUACUCGCGCGGGAAGGCCACCGACAACUUUUGCCUCAUUCUCCAAGGCCGCGUCGGACUCACAGUGGGCUCUGAGAACUUUACGUUCACGAAUGGCCCGUUCACCACGCUUGCUGUGAACGCCAUCCUCCCGUCCACCACCCAGUACAUUCCCGACUUUAGCGCGACGGUCGAAAUCGACUCGCAGCUGCUGUUCAUCUCGCGCGCCGAGUACGUGGCUGCAAUCAAGGCCGCCGAAAUUGAAAAGGCGGCAAUGCGCAUGCCUCGCCUCAACCCUCCACUGGAGCUGACGAACAGUAGCAACGAAGACUACACUCCAGCGUCAAAGCCCUUCCCCACCUUCACUGAAGCGGCGCACCAACUCGCCACCGAGCGUCCUGCCGCCGCGUUCUCGAGCACUGGUGGCCACAAUUCCAGUGCAUCAACCUCGCGCCCCUUCUGGAAAUCCAACAAGCAGCAAACUGCUGACGGUUUCCAGUUGCUCGAAGAUGCAGACCUCGACGAUUCCGAGGAAGAUAACGCUCUCUCUUCCGAGCACAGCGCCAUCAAGCUCGAGCUUUUGAACGUCCAUGAAGACGUGUAAAACCGGCCAAACGGCUAUCUUAUGCUGGAUCAAUGUUUCUGUUUUGUUUGUAGUUUUCUGUUUUUUUUGUUUUGUUUUUUUUUUGUCGCUGUCGUGUUUUGU